AUCCACAAACACUUAAUAUUUGGAAUUGACAAACUUACAUUCAUAUAAAGAUCAUAUUGGCUUAAACAUAUAAUACAAACAGUAAACACAUUUCCAUAAAUUAGACUUGCAUGCGUAAGUAGCUAGUACUUUGAACGUCAUUUCUCUAAGCCCCAUUGUAAAUUAAACAGAUAAUUGCGCAGAUUCAUUUAGAUACACAUGAAGCAAUCUGUGAGUGCAAUCAAAGACCGUAAAAGUCCCAAGAUGGUAUCUUGAAAAUUGCUCUCACCGCUAUGAUUAUUCAAUAAACACAACUUUAGAUCGGAUAUAAUACAUAUGUUGUUCACAGAACAUCGACAAAGUUUAUCGGAGUGCAAACGUUACUGCCUACCAACAUUACGGUGUUAAUCUAGUAAUGAAGCGUUUAUAGUGUACUCGUUAUUAUGUUUACGAACACAAUACGCAUGUUCACAUCUACACAGUUCAAGUGUUUUGAUAAUUGUAUGAUAUGGAGCUAAUCGACAGCCAUGUAUUAGUACGGAACGUGGCAGUGAUUCCUAAUGAUUCACAAUACGAUUUAUCAUCACUGGCCUAUCCCGGUAAUCUGACAAAUGUCCCCAUUUGGGAGAUGGCCAUCAAAAUAACAUUCUACAUUAUCUUAAUGAUGUGUUCCUUACUUGGAAAUAUUUUAAUAAUCAUUGUUGUUGUGCGAUCCAAACGAAUGCAGACUACUACUAACUACUUCAUCGUCAAUUUGGCGAUUUCGGACCUGUUGGUGACCGCCUGCUGUUCCUGGGUUCGACUAGUGGAUGAACUAACAGAGGGAUGGGUAUUAGGAAACAUCUUCUGCAAACUCAACUCGUUUGCUCAAGUAACAUCAAUGGUAGCCGGGAUAUUUUCUCUCGUCCUGAUUGCCUGUGACCGAUUCUUCGGCAUCGUGUUUGCCAUGAAAGCCCACAUCAUCGAGAGGAGAGCCAGCUACGCUAUAGUCAUUACAUGGGUAUGCGCCAUAGCCGUGGCAUCACCUCUCCUGUUCGUUCGCAAAGAGGAGUCGAGAGUCUGGAAAAAUCACGUUGAGAUUUGGUGUGAUGACACUUGGCCAAUGACUUCCGAUGUGGACCCGGCGACUGGUUUUAUCACGUUCUCAUUUCCAGGAAGAAAAGUUUAUUACACUUUUGUUACAGUGGUUUUGUAUUUUGUACCCAUGGUGGUAAUGACAGUAAUUUACUUCCUAAUUAUACUCACUGUAUGGUUUACUCAGGCGCCCGGAGAAAGGAUUUCAGUCAAAGAAAUAAAGGCUCAAAGAAAGGUGAAACGAAAGGUUGUUGUUAUGCUGGUUAUAAUCUUGGCCACAUUCGGACUUUGCUGGUUACCUCUGGAAAUCGUAAUACUAUACUCUGAAUAUCGACCAAACACGACGGAACAGUUGCCGCAAUGGUACAGCUUUCUUGAGUUCAUAUCCUACACGCUUGCAUUUGCCAACAGCGCUCUAAAUCCGCUUAUCUAUGCGGGUUUUAACGAGAACUUUAGAAGAGGGUUCCGGACGUUAUUUGGAUACCAUGAAAGACAGAUGUAUGCCGCAAUAUCCCGUGCGGAUUCAAUGUACACCACUUCAACUACUAACGUAAUGACAAACCAAGUCCAGCAUACGAAGCUGUGAUGAUCAAUGAUACGGAAACACUCAAAAAAGAAAUUGUGUCAAGUGACCUCUUUUGUUAACAGCUAUAUUUAAAUGCAAUCAACAAAAUUGCUGUGAUACUUAUCAUCGUCUGUUACAUUCAAGACAUGCGUAUAUGUUUAUAAAAAGAAUGCUAACGCACAUCUGUAACGCUGUAUUAUGAUAGAGAUGUGAAAAGUAAUAGUAUACACAUGUGCUUUUAAGUAUUCGAAUUUCAUUUUAGUUUUAUAAUACAGUGUUUACUAACCGACAGGGUUACACAAAAGAAGAUAUUAAAAGAAGUGUCGUUUCCAAAGGAGUAUUCGUUGUGCCCAAAAUUCUAAUCAUAUAGGUUGGAAGACAAAUUGUGAUUAUGAACAUCACUCCUGAUAAAUUUAUAAUAUUUAAACCGUAAAUUCCCUCAAGAGAAUUGAGCUUUGAAUGAUCUAUUAAGCACUUGUCGUAAAAAUGCACAUAUUGUUAAUAAAUAUACUACAGAUUUGAAAUGUUUUUAAAUAUCAAAUAAUUAAAACUAUCUUGACAAGUACUUUUAAUCAGAACUUCCAUGGUAAAUGUUAAUUUUGUUAUAUAAAAAACGCUUUCGUACAUAAUAGUCUUCAAGGUUUGAUUCCACGCUCACCAAAGUUAUAAAGGACAUCUGCAAACUAAGAACAAGUUUAGCAAAGGUUUGUUAUUCGAAAAAUUUUGUUCAGACCAAUAGCAUGGUGAACACGCAAAGAUGCUUCAUAAUUCCUACAUUAAACAAGGCAAUUAAUAGAUGAGUUUAAAAGCAAUUUAGUUCUUCCCUAACGUACUUAUCAGCAUGAUGGAAAAUAGGAUUUUAUAUUCAAUUUAUAGCAUAAUUUCAUAAUGAUUAUAAAACUGUUAUUUAUUCAGCUGUUCAUUAAUAUCCGAAGUCUCCAGAGGAAGUACGUUGUAAUUUCCAACGGCCUUCACACAUUAAAUAUGACGUUAUUA